AAGGAAGGAGUUGGAUAAGACCCUUGAGUACACGCCCCUUCGGAAGGCAGAAGCUAUCUCAUGGAGUCUCUACUGGGGGCACUGUGCAGCUCAACCCCUCUCGUAUCCCCCAAACUCUCAAACUAUAAACUACCACAACCUCUACAGCUGCCACCAAAUAGACCCACUCUUUCUUAUUCCACCAACUUCGCUUUCUCCUCCAAUAUCUGUACCUCUUCUCGCCUUUCGCCUUCUGUUUUAUUUGCGACACCAGAGAGCCAAUUGAGUGUUGGGGUUGAUGCUGAUGCAAGAGAAUGGGCAAUGCAAGAUUUUUAUUCCUUGAGGAGGGAUGUAGAGACUACUUCAGAACAUGUUAAAGAGAUUAGAGCUUCUGCUGGUCUGCAGCAAUUAGAACAAGAACUUGCAGAUUUGGAGUUGAAAGCAGCUGAUAGCUCUUUUUGGGAUGAUCGAGAUAAAGCUCAAGAAAUCCUUGUGGCACUAACUGAUGUCAAAGAUAAGAUAAAAUUGCUUACCGAGUUCAAAACCCAGGUUGAAGAAGCAGAAAUGAUAGUUCAGCUAACUGAAGAAAUGGACUCCACAGACACUGGACUACUUGAAGAGGCUGCAAGUCUCAUUAAGGAAUUGAACAAGGCAUUGGAUCGGUUUGAGUUGACACAACUUCUUUCUGGUCCUUAUGACAAAGAAGGUGCUGUUAUCUCUAUCACAGCUGGUGCUGGAGGUACUGAUGCACAGGAUUGGGCUGACAUGCUUCUUAGGAUGUAUGUGAGAUGGGCAGAGAAACAGAAAUACAAAACAAGAGUGGUUGAGAAAUCCUUAGGAGAGGAAGCUGGGAUUAAGUCAGCCACUAUUGAAGUCGAAGGUCGUUAUGCUUAUGGUUAUUUGUCUGGGGAGAAAGGAACACACCGCAUUGUGCGACAAUCUCCUUUUAAUGCCAAAGGUCUUCGCCAGACAAGCUUCUCUGGCGUUGAAGUCAUGCCUUUUCUUCCUGAAGACGCAAUGAAUGUUGAAAUACCUGAGGAGGACCUGGAGAUCAGUUUUUCUAGGGCAGGUGGAAAAGGAGGUCAGAAUGUAAACAAGGUUGAAACUGCUGUCCGGAUUACUCACAUCCCCACAGGCGUCACUGUUCGCUGCACAGAACAGAGGUCCCAACUAGCAAACAAGAUCAAGGGUCUGAGCAGGUUGAAGGCCAAGUUGCUAGUCAUUGCUGAGGAGCAGCGGGCAUCUGAAAUCAAGCAAAUACGAGGAGAUGCAGUGAAGGCCGAGUGGGGCCAGCAAAUACGAAACUAUGUAUUUCAUCCAUACAAACUUGUCAAAGAUGUCCGGACAGGAUUUGAGACUUCGGAUAUCGCUUCUGUAAUGGAUGGUGAACUGGAUCCCUUCAUCAAGGCUUACCUCAAAUACAAAUACACCAUGUCACUCUCCGCAACUGCAUAAUUAACAUCCAACAAAAUUAUCCAUUUAACUUUUGUAAUAUAUAGUUUUAUUUAUUGAUCCCCCAACUUCUUUUGGUGGAGUGCUACUGCCUCA